UGUUCACGUGCUUCCUAAGACCGAGUGUUUUCUGCAGGUGCAGUCGAUCACGGAGCGGGUGAUUGUGUUCCUGCUCAGUCGGGUGGUGGAGAGGUCGUCACAGGAGGAGGUGGCGUUCUCCCUGCACGCCCGCACAGAGAGCUGCAAACUGCUGUGGAGAGACGGCCAGGCGGUCGGCUUCUACACCAUCAAACACAAAGGCAGUCUGUGUGACAGCUGGAGCGGCAGCUGCUACCUGCUGCCUGUGCUGGACACGGUGCUGGUGAGGAGGAGCUGCAGGAGGAGAGGCUUUGGUCUUCAGAUGCUGGAAGAUUUCUGCUCCUCGUUCUCCACAGAGAAGUUUCUGGGAGUCAGCUCUCCAUUAUCACCCAGCAUGGCAGCAGGUCAGCUCUAAU